CCCCGCCCCCCGGGCUAUGAAAGGCGCUCUGCGUGGGGUCCUGACACCCCAAGACGCCCGUGUCCCUCGCGCAGGCGGGCGUCCCCGGAGACGUAGUGCCCGCAAAGGCGGUGACGGCGGUGCGCCCACGCAUCAUGAACACAAGCUUUUCCCGAAAGAGCCACACGUUCCUGCCCAAGAUCUUCUUCCGAAAAAUGUCAUCCUCAGGAGCCAAGGACAAGCCAGAGCUGCAGUUCCCCUUCCUCCAGGACGAGGACACGGUGGCCACACUUUAUGAGUGCAAGACACUCUUCAUCCUGCGCGGCCUGCCAGGCAGCGGCAAGUCUACGCUGGCUCGGCAGAUCGUGGAUAAGUACCACAAUGGGACCAAGAUGGUAUCUGCUGAUGCUUACAAGAUCAACCCUGGUUCCCGAGCAGAAUUCUCCGAGGAAUACAAGCGGCUGGACGAGGACCUGGCUGCCUACUGCCGCCGGGACGUCAGGGUUCUUGUGCUUGAUGAUACCAACCACGAGCGGGAGCGGCUGGAUCAGCUCUUUGAAAUGGCCGAUCAGUACCAGUACCAGGUGGUGUUGGUGGAACCCAAGACAGCAUGGCGGCUGGACUGUGCCCAGCUCAAGGAGAAGAACCAGUGGCAGCUGUCUGCUGAAGAGCUGAAGAAACUGAAGCCUGGGUUGGAGAAGGACUUCCUGCCGCUCUACUUUGGCUGGUUCCUGACCAAAAAGAGUUCUGAGACCCUCCGUAAAGCUGGCCAGGUCUUUCUGGAGGAGCUGGGGAAUCACAAGGCUUUCAAGAAGGAGCUUCGACACUUUAUUUCUGGGGAUGAACCCAAGGAGAAGCUUGAUCUGGUCAGCUACUUUGGAAAGAGACCCCCAGGCGUGCUGCACUGUACAACCAAAUUCUGUGACUACGGGAAGGCCACCGGGGCAGAAGAAUAUGCCCAGCAGGAUGUGGUGAAGAGAUCUUACAGCAAGGCCUUCAAACUGUCCGUCUCAGCGCUCUUUGUGACACCCAAGACGGUUGGGGCCCAGGUGGUGUUGAAUGAGCAGCAGCUGCUGUUGUGGCCAAGUGACGUGGAUAAGCCAUCUUCCUCAGAGAGCCUGCCUGCAGGGAGCCGAGCUCACAUCACUCUCGGCUGUGCAGCAGAUGUACAGCCCGUGCAGACAGGCCUUGACCUCUUAGAGAUUUUGCAGCAGGAGAAGGGGGGCAGCCGAGGUGAGGAGGUGGGUGAGCUCCCCAGGGGCAAGCUCUAUUCCUUGGGCAAAGGCCGCUGGAUGCUGACCUUGGCUAAGAAGAUGGAGGUCAAGACCAUCUUCACAGGGUACUAUGGGAAGGGCAAACCUGUGCCCACACAUGGCAGCCGGAAGGGGGGUGCCAUGCAGAUUUGCACCAUCAUCUGAGAGAUCACACCCUUUUGAUCUUUAGAAGGGAGAGGGGUGGACAGGGCAACAUGCCUUCCACUUGACUUUUAUUUUUUACUCGAAGCUAACCUACCUGUAACAUUUUAAGAAUCUGCAAUGUAACUGCCAGUCUCUUCCUGUCCACCCACUUCCCCUUAACACUCAAGCUCUCUACACAGGCGUGUGGGUAGAGGAAGACACCAUUCAGAAACCUGGGCCAGUGGUGAUAAUAAAAGGCUGGGCUAUUGGGUCUGGAACCACGUCUGCCCCACAUCCAGGAGCUGGUUAACUCUCCCUUGGCCCCUGCCUGAUGCCUAUCCAGAGCUGGGCACACCUCAGAGCUGCACACAUCAUGCUAAGGACAGUGCUACUUCCACAGGAAAACGGUGGUAGCUUGGAGAGGGAUCAGACCCCUGGGUGCGACUCUUUGUUAAAUCACCAGAGUGCCUAGGAAGGCUUGGGCUACCCUCUGGCAUGUAAAGGGGUUCACCUCCCACCUCUGGCCACUGCCAAGUCCCUGUCACCUCCUUCACACUGACUAGGUGAAGAGUGUGAUCACUAGUGGGAGGAAGUGGACCUCUGGCUUCCCACUGGUCACCCACCCCGCACAGUAGCACGUCCCUGUGUGUGGACGGAGGCUGAGCAGAGAGACACGGCCCAAGAAGCUCCAGCUUUGCCUUCUGCCUAGCCCAUCUUGCCUCCGUGGUCGUGGUGCCUCUGGGCCUCCUCUAUAGGAGGGUGGUGGGUACCAGGAACCAAUGAGGGGACCCUGAGCUGGCUAGAGUAUGCCCCAUCUCCUGCCCUGGGGAAGCUGAACAAGAUCAUGUGUUAUGGUUCCUCACGCUGCCUUUGCUCAGUAACAGGACCUUGCUAAUUGGGUUAUCAGCCAGGUAUUUGGGGUUUAUUUUCCUACCCUGGUUUUGCCCACCUCAGCAACCUCUAAGACUGAUUCUGAAAUAAAUCAUGUUAAA